CAAAAUAGUAAAAAAAAAAAAAAGUCACACAAAAAAGAAGAAAUAAAUUUUGCUAUAUUCCUCAUUUUAAAAAAAAUGUUUUCUCUGAUCUUCUGCUUAUUUAAAUCUUAAGGUAAUUUUCAAUCAAAUUUUGUUCACCUCAAUCUAUUUCUAAAAUCUGAAGCUUUGUACAAAACGGGAUCGAACUCCAAGUGAUUGAUUCCUUUCUUGCCCAUUUCUCUGUGCAAUGGUGGUCUGCAAAUGCCGUAAGGCGACAAAACUAUAUUGUUUCGUGCACAAGGUUCCCGUUUGUGGGGAAUGCAUCUGCUUACCUGAGCACCAAAUAUGCGUUAUACGUACUUACUCAGAGUGGGUAAUAGAUGGAGACUAUGACUGGCCUCCCAAAUGUUGUAAAUGCCAAGCUGUGCUUGAGGAGGGGGCUGGCUGUGAAACCACACGAUUGGGUUGCUUACAUGUCAUACAUACAACUUGCUUGGUUUCACAUAUCAAAAGCUUUCCUCCGCACACUGCACCCGCUGGUUAUGUGUGUCCUUCAUGUUCGAUAUCUAUAUGGCCUCCAAAAAGUGUUAAAGAUCCAACAUCCCGUCUUCAUUCACUGCUGAAGGAGGCUAUUUUGCAGACUGGCAUGGAAAAGAAUUUGUUUGGAAAUCAUCCUGUUUCUUUGCCUAGAACAGAACACCGUGGUCCUCCACCUGCAUUUGCUUCAGAUACAUUGAUAGAUGUAGCUGGAAGACAAGAGUAUGAUGCGAAUUCAUCACCUUCUGUUGCAAAAGAUGGAGGAUACUCUGCCAUAUCAGGACCUUCAAAACCUACAGUAACAGAAAUAAUGGAGAUAGAUGGUCCUAGUUCAACUGAGAGUUACAUGAAAGCUUCAAGUCCUGGUGCUCCUAUGGCUACAACUCGGAAGAGUACAGCUCAUGUUGACCGGCAAAACUCUGAAAUCUCAUAUUAUACAGAUGAUGAAGAUGGAAAUCGUAAAAAGUACUCUCGGAGGGGGCCACUUCAUCUGAAGUUUCUCAGAGCAUUAAUUCCCUUUUGGUCAAGUGCAUUACCAACUCUCCCAGUGACUGCACCCCCACAUAAAGACUCAUCAACCGUAGAUGAUAUCCGAGAAGGUCGGUUGAAGCAUCAAAGAUCAACACGGAUGGAUCCAAGAAAAAUUCUUCUCAUCAUAGCAAUCAUGGCCUGUAUGGCGACUAUGAGUAUUCUGUACUACAGAAUUUCACAAAGGGCUUUUGGUGAGAGAGUGGCUGAUGAUGAGCAGCAGUAACUACUUCUAAUUGCGAUGAAAUUGGUGAGAUAUUAUAUUUACAUGCUUCUGCAAAUCUUGUUGGUUACUGCUAUUGCCGCUAUAACUGCCAUUUUCUCUGCUCAGUCCUCCCCUCAGUCAGAUUGCCCUAUGAAGAGCAUGGGUGGAAAAUACAAGUAAGAUUGCAGAUUUUUUUUUUUUUUAAUGAUGUUAAAAGAAUAUUAACUGAGUUGCAGUUAGAGCUGAAUGUUACAUGGUUUUUUUUGGCUGCCUUUCGGCUUCUUUAUCUUGUGUUUCCUUUUGCACCCGUUUCGGAGUUGAAAUGACAUUUUAAAAGGCACAAAA